AAUGUGCUCGCAAGCCAUCCAGACAUCCCCCAUACAAUGACGCGUGAUCUCUCUGAGUUGUACACUUUGGAACAAGCCAAAGAUAUUGUGGACUAAUUACAAAGGUGAAAGGGUUGGGGAACUAGUUUGGAUAGAGAGAGAAAUUAGAGAGGGAAAAGAAAAGUUAGCUAUGAGCGAAUUAAAAGUAUGCUGGAGAUUUGAAUAUUAAUUCUCUUAAACAGUUAAAUUAUGUUUAGGUUGACAAAAUUAAUUAAUGUCUUUCUAGAGUGGUUUAGUCUUAAAAAAUUAAGACUCUACCUUUCUUUUUGAUUUGUUAUCAAUAUCGUGGAAUAUCAAAAGAUUGUCGUAUUGUCAUAUUUCUUUGACUAAGGAAUUUUUUGGAGAAAAUUAUUUAUAGAUAAAUGUGAAAGAAGUGAGACCAACAUUAUAAUUUCGAAGAGGGACAAAACAUUAAAUAACGUACCCCCAUAAUUUUCAAGAACAGCUAUGCUACUUAGAUGUUGAGCAUCAAAAUUGUAACACAUAAAUUGAGACUUUUUAAUAUAUAAUAUUAUUUUCUAUAUAAGACACGUCUUUUUAUAUGCUUAAAUAAUUAAUAACAUGAGCUUAGUUCAGCGGUAUGUUUCUAACCAAAAGAUCACGAGUUUGAAUUUUCGUACACAUAUUGUACUUAAAAAAACAAUUAAUAAGAGGCAAUAAUAAUGCCUUUUAUAUAGAAGGAAAAAUUGAAAAAAAAAUAGAAGAAGAACAAGAAAUGAGAUCGAGUUUAUAAUGUCUUGCUAAUAAAAAAAGUAUUUUGAAGAAAGAUUUUUUUUUAAACGAAAAUUAGAAUUAUUUAUCUAUAAUAUAACUACCAUUUAAAGUAAUUUCUUAUUGAAAGAGUAGAGUUGAAUAACUCAGCCCUAAAAAUACACAUCUCUCUCGAGUCUCACGUGUGGCACCUAGUCAAUUGGCCAAAGCUCCAAUAACAUGAUGACAAGUGUUACCUCCCCAAUAGUAAUAUAUACUUACACGUGUCAAUCACUAAAUCUAUUCAAAACCACUAUAUAAUGACACCAAUCGAUUAAGUUUUUCAUCCAUAUUCGAACUCACCAUUCUUUUAAUUUUAAUCAAUCAAUUGUGUAAAUWAGAGAAGAGGCAAAAAAAUGGCAGACUCCUCCCAAAAGAUGAGCUACCAUGCUGGAGAAGCCAAGGGGCAAGCUGAAGAAAAAGCGAGCAAUCUAAUGGACAAGGCGAGCAAUGCAGCUCAAUCCGCCAAAGAAACCAUGCAAGAGGCUGGGCAACAAAUGAUGGCCAAGGCUCAAGGUGCAGUCGAGGCUAUCAAGGAUGCCACGGGCCUCAACAAAUGAAUCGUUUCGCUUCGGUUCGUGCUUAUAAUGCACAAGUUUUUUUCUCUAUUUUCUUUAGGGUUUUAUUGCUUUUUGGCUUUGGAGGGCUUCUUUUUGUUUGUGGGUUAUUCUAAUUGAUUUCCCCCUUUGCCAAGAGAGGAGAGAGCUGAGUUCUAUGAUGUGUUAGUUCCUCUCUUCAUUAAUAUUAUAUAUAUCCAUAAGAUUUUCUUAUUAA